AGCCGAAGCAGCCACCCUCGGCUCGCAGGCAAUCCAUCGCGUCAGGCAGCAAGGUCAAAGCUUCCAGGGUCGCUCCAACCAAACGCCACAACUUUUCCUCCUCAAAAGGAGCAGUGAUGCCACUUGACUUCAUGCCUCAACACGACGAGCAGGAAGAGAUGGGCGACCUACGCGUCUACGACUCGGACUUUUCUGAAGACUCCACCCCAGACGCAUCGUCCGACGAAGAUAUUCCAACCCCACUUAUUCCCCUCAACCCGGAGAUCCAGGCGCUCAUCCCGCCAGAGACGGGCUACCCCCCGCGCAUGACCACCGAUCUCAAGUGGGUCUGUCCGGUGGGCGGCUGCAUGUACAGCAUCGAUCUCAUGCGCCUGACCGACGAGAACGUCCGGCCGCUGCCCCGCAAGCACGUCGUCUUCAUGCGGAGCAAGCGAUGGGUGCUGGGCGACUCGCGGGUGCAGACGUGCUUCUACGACAUGGUGAGCCCUCACUAUGAGUGGCAUAUAAACGAGAAUGGCGUGCGACGCGUGAAGGCGACGAAGGAGUACCCGUAUGAAUUCAAGUGGAUCAAUCCAAGGCUGCACAAGCCGUGGCCGCCUUUGGAGUGGGUGAACAGGGUUUCAGCGAGAAGGGACGAUGAUCUGGAGGAGGAGAGUUCGCAGGUGCGGGUUAAAAAGGAGGUGCUUGAUUUAAACGCCUCUGCAAUUUAGACUGCUUUCUUCAUGUCUGUACUGUAACGUCGUGAUGUUGUACCCCCUGAUAUCAGCAAUGGUGAACU